AUGGCAUCGAGCUAUGGUUCCCUUGUGAAGGAAGCCAUCGUGCUGCUGGAUGAGUUUAGAGCUGGUAGACAAUGUUUAGAUGACUUUAUAGAAGGUGCUGGGAAGGAUCUGCAGAACAUGGACGCUGUGCAAAAGAAGUUCAUACUUGAUGUUGUUUCUGGAUGUGUUGAGCACAAAAAGUUGCUGGAUGUAGUAAUCAGUGGCUUCUAUGGUCAGAAUGGGAAACGACUGUCCAGAGGGGAUGACAGCCAGUUUGUUGUUAUUUGCUACCUCGUCACAUUUAUUCUCGAUGACCUUGGACUUGAGAAUUUCAGCAACAUUGUCAGAUCUCUGGACACCAAGAACAUACACACAUUCUUCAGUUUCUUCUUCUCAAACCUCACCACGUGGAUAAAAAAGGAGUGGAGUAGCAUCUAUGAUGCUGCCUUUGUGGAGAAACACUGGAUUGGCCCUCUGCUCAGAUGGCGCCCUGAGAUCGAUAUUCUCAUGAACAAACUUGCUGUCAAACUAUCUCAAGAGAAUCAGGUCAAGAAAGCUCCGAUCAAAACCACUGAGACGCAGGAGUUCUCCCUCUCCAAACCCAAACCUCGACCUCUGCCUCCGCCUGAGAUCAUCCCACAGCAGGAAAAAUACAAACCAGUACCAAACAGCACCUACAGGGCUCCGAAGGAGAUGCAGAUAAUAGAGGAGAUCAAAGAAAAGAACCAUCAAAAGGCUGAGGAUGAGACAAACAUGAAGCGUUUCAGAUGUGCAAAUCCACAGAAGUCUGAACACACAAAGGUAAAGGACAUUUUUUGUGUGUUUUACAUGGAGUUCCAAAACACUGUCAUUGAUUCAUGUCCAAGCCUAAUUAGGGAAGAGGGAGCCCUCCUCUUCUCCUCCUCCAGCCAGCUCACAUUUCUGCUGAACUUGCUUUCAUUUGUUUUGCAGAGAGCGAUGUCCCAGAUUGACAAAGAGUUUGAAUCAAAGCUCAAGUUUGAUUCAUUUCGUUCUUCAGCUGCUCCUUCCAGUAACAAGGUGAGAUCCAAGUUGAUCAGUUUUCAGUAUGAAAUUGGAAGUAUUAGCUCUUGUAGGUACAACGUGUAUGUGUGUUGUUUUUUAUUUUUGUUAUUCUGUCAGGCUAACAGCUGUCCCAUCAAGCUCAACAAAACAGCCAUCCUGAGGAGGGAGGCGCUCUGUGACCGCCAGGUGGAAGAGGAGCUGCAGAGGUACAGAACAGCAUCUUCCUGCCGCUCACUGACCUGUUUCAGGGUGUUAUACAACACACUGGAGCGCCUGGUGCGAGGGGACCGGGAGCCGUUGCCUCCCCUGCCGUGGCAGACGGAGCGCAGACACCUGGAGGGACGCAUCGUGGACGAGGAGGCCGCUGUGGCCCGCCAACGGAUCACGGAGCGCAACCAGAAGACUGCACAGCUGAAGAAAGAAGAGACGGCUCAGCUGAUGCGAAGCUAUGCGGAGAAAAGGCUGCAGGAGGAAAAAGCCCUGAGAGAUCUGGUGCAACAAGUAGCAGAAGGCCACAAGAACUCAAAAACGGCCAAAGAGAAGCUGCAGAAAUUAAAGCAAAGCAUAGUGAAAGAAGUCUCAGGACAAAGUCAGGAGCUCCUUCGUCAGGCCCUAGAGGAGGCACAGGCAGAGCUGAGCAGAAAGUUUGAAAUCAUACAAGAAAUUCACGCCAUUGAAUCGCUGCCUCACGUUAGAGUUAAGAACUUUGAUGACACGGAGACUGCAGGCCACAAGCUGCUGGGAGAAAUGUCUCUGGUGGAGCUGAAGGAGCGACUGAACCUUGCGAAGGCGACGCAACAAGCAGAGCAGGAGGACAAACGGAGAUGCAUCCUGGAGGAGAAGCAGAAAAAGAAGCAGCAGCUGCAGGAGACGCUGGAAACCAUCGACCUCCACGGGAGAGCGCUGGCACGAACCGCCGCCAUCAGGAAAGAGGAGAGGAAGGCCAGGCUGGAGUCCGUUCAGCAGGCGAUGGCUCAAGAUGAGACGCUUUCGAUGCUGCGGAAGAAGCUUGAAGAGAAAAAGCAAGAGCGGCAAAGACUGAAGCAAACUGAAAGCGGCAAGGCCAGAGCCUCCAAACAGACAGCAGCUCACACCGUCGGUAACAACCAAAGAAGUUUAAAGGAGAAAAGCUGGGAGGAGCUGGAGCAGAGCUUAGCGCGACACAUCCGGGAGGCUUCUUAGAUGCUUCUACGAGGGAAACGCUGAGGAAUAAACACAUGCAGCAUGCUUCACAACGCUAUGGCUGUUUGAUGAAUGGAAUAAUUAGCAUUCCACGGUUACAAAUUCAGUUGACAAAUGUUCAAUUAAAACAGCUUGAACGAUG